CCGGGGAUGCCAGGGAAACAGGGAUUCAGAGGCAGAGGAGGGCAGUCUGGUGUACAGGGAGAGAUUGGCCCUUCUGGACCUGCUGGUUCACCAGGGCCCACGGGAUAUGAUGGAUCUGUUGGAGAUCUGGGGAGACAGGGAAAUGAUGGAUCUAAGGGAGAGAGAGGCCACCCUGGUAUCCAAGGUGCUUCUGGACUGAGAGGAGACAAGGGUCAGACUGGCCAAGGGGGAUUCGUUGGUUUUCCAGGACCUUUGGGGGAGAUGGGAAAAUCUGGAGAACCAGGGCCUGAAGGAGAGCCCGGUAUUAAGGGCCGACCAGGAGUCCCUGGAGGAACCGGGUUUAAAGGUCACAAGGGACAUCAGGGUGUUUCAGGGAGCAGAGGACAGGACGGCAUUCACGGUGCAUCUGGAUCGAUUGGACCAUCAGGAUCAGAUGGAGAUAAAGGACCUCAGGGUCCCCAAGGUUUACAGGGAAGGCCUGGUGCACCAGGAGUCCAAGGUCCCGUUGGAAAAAGCGUGAGUUUUAUUUUCCUUUCCUGAUUGACAGCAUUUCCAAACCCUUCAGUCUCUUAGUUAUGUAACUCUCCAUCUUGUGGUAUAUUUAGCUGUUAAAAAUGUAAUAGUUUGCCAAUUCUGACAUUACUGUCUAAGAAUAUGACCUACA